UUUUAAUGAGUAUUUUAACUAAUUAUCAUUAUUAUUCCUUAAUAAUAGGCAGGAACGCUGGCAUCACAUUCCAUGGCGCUGGGGCGGGGGACGGAGAGGGGAAAAAUUUCCACCGUCUCAGGCGCAAGACCUAAAUUUAGCCCGUUUUUACGAGAGGUCUGGCAGGCGGCCGGGAGCCUUAACGAGGCUUUAAAAAGCUCGUCAAGCUGCCCCCCCUGAAAUAACUGGUCCCGCUUCGCUGGGAGGAGGACGAGGAAGGGGGCUUCACUCUUCCUCCCCAGCAGGAGCUGGGGGUCAGAGGUUGAGGGGGGGACCCGCGGUGGAUGAACGUGAAAUCCUCAUCUGCUUUCCGAUCGGAGCGCAGCUUUCACCAGUCGGCAUCGCCUGCCGGCACCAUGGAGCUUUUCGGGAGCUUCGUCCGGCCCCGCGGUGAAACCUUGGGGUUCCCGGCUCAGCCCGGCAACACCGGCACGGUGAAGACCUUGGGCAACACCUAUCAGUUCACGGUGGAUGUCAGCGACUUCGCCCCUGAGGACAUCAUCGUCACCACAUCCAACAACCAGAUCGAGGUGCACGCUGAGAAGCUGGCUGCGGACGGCACCGUCAUGAACACCUUCACCCACAAAUGCCAACUGCCUGAAGAUGUGGACCCCACGUCAGUGUCGUCCUCGCUGGGGGACGAUGGUACGUUGACCAUCCGGGCUCAGCGACAGCCCGCCAAGCAUGCCGACCACGUCCAGCAAACCUUCCGGACUGAGAUCAAGAUCUGAGGGGUCAGGGAUCCCUUUCCCCUGCCCCCUCUUCUCCUCCUCACUAAUUAUUUGGGUAAUUUGGGAAGGAGGUGGGACACGGGGUAGGGGACGGGAAUGCUUGCCCACGGGGUCAGACCCAU